CUAGAGCCAUACAAGUCUAAGUUCUGUACACCUACAGAGAAGUUUCGUGCGGUCCCCUGUGCUCAACAGCGUUUCCAUAAAUGCCCACAUCGCACCUUCCCCCCGGCCUUCACACCAGAAGCCCAAGGAGACGUCCACCGAAUCGCCAUCAUGCCAGACCUCCCGCUUCAGCGCCGCAUGGGCAAAGGCAACCACAGCCAGCACCCUCGAACCGACGCCCGUGCUGCAUCGUGAGAUCUCGCGGAUCCGUGGCCUCCGCCAUCGCUGCGCUCGCCGAGCCGGCUCAACGUGCUUCGGCCUUGCUCCCUCGUCGCCAUCGCCCCGAUUCGGCGCUCCGUUCCCUACACCAUCCCUACCCACCCCAUCCCAUCGCGGCCUAUCGACCCCAGGAUCCAAGACCCCACCGGCCCGACUCGGUGUGAUUCGGCGGCAUGCGACUCAGCAUCCCGGGCGCGCGUCGGAGGCGCAUCCAGCAAUGCGAUUUCGAGCGUCGCAUGGCAAACCCAAUCCCGCGACUGGUGCGGGUCGGCAUUGUGAUCCUUCGGUUCGGGGAGAAUGCUCGGAUGGGAGGUAGCGCGGAUGCGACUACACAGGUUGGUGAGGGAUGUUGUCCGUGGCAUAACGCGAGGUAUG